AUGGCCAGCGGCGCCGCGAGCGAGGCCCCGAUCGGCGGCGAGCAACUCGACUCGCUGGAUAUGUGCGUGGACCUCCCCGACGCCCUCGACGCCCUGAUGACCGACGUGGCGCCGCCGAAGGACACCUUCAUGCGCCUCGGCUCCUGCAGGGGGCAGUUUAGCCGCGAGGGCAGCAACGCCGCGAGCGCUGCCCACGUGGAUGAGGACGGAGGCGCGGCCGCCCAGGGGGGCGCCCCGACGGGCGGCGACGGGGCCCCACCCCUCGCCGCGGACGAGGCCGCCGAGGAAGCUCAGGGGGCACCCGCGACCGACGCUCAGGCCAAGGAGGGCUUCCAGGCGGAGUUCAAGCUGAUGGGCGUCAAGAUGGUCGAGAUGUUGACCCAUGCGCAUGUCCAGCCACCGCCGCUGCCCGCUGACUUCAUGGCCAUGCCAGUGGACGGGCCGACUGAUGGCAAUGCCGAUGAAGGGGCGCUUGCACAUGAACCAGAGCUGAAAGGUGGCAUUCUCGACGACGACGACCGCAGGACCACCCCCCUGUCCGUGUCGGCGCCGCUGUCAGCAGGGACAGCGUAUUCCAAAUUCUCCAGGAUCAGGGGCACGGUCAACAGCUACGUUGACAAGAUGACCGCCCCGACCUGGUUCAAGGACAUCGUCCUCGGCACAGUUCACGCCCUCGCCAGGAGGUUGGGGAACCGAGGCGAGGCGGACAUCAUGAACAAGGCGCCCUACGACGUCCAGGCGGCCUACAAGCAGUUCAUGGUGCGCGUGAAGGCGAUAAUCGAAUUGCACAAGAGCAUCAAAACUUGGACGGAGUCGCCAGACAAUGACGCUCUCGAUGCCAUGCUGAAGCCGUUCGCUGUGCUACUGGGCUACCACAUCACAGUCGACGGUUACAUGAACGAAGAGCUGAACAUCAUCUGCAACUAUGCGAUCUUCAAGGGGAUCAUCAAGCAACAGGUUUCGGUCUCGGCGGCGAUGAGCAAGCGCGACGCACAGGCGCUCGCCCACAUGGUGGCGCUGAGGGAUCGCCUCAUCCAAGCUCUGCCCGAACCGCCAGCGACCGCGGCGGCCGCGGUGACGGUGAAGACGGAGGGCGGCGGGCGUGCUGCACAGGGCGCUGCGGCAGCGGAGUCGGCCGCCGCUCGGCCGACGAAGAAGCCGAGGCGCACGAAGCGAGCCACGGAAGACGCACAGGGCAAAGUGGUCAGGGGCCAGACGCCCCUCUUUUACAUGGCCACCAUGGUCUCGGACGGCAUCAACGCUUGGUUGAGCGACCUCGGCGGGGCCGCGAUCGCGGACGACGGGCAGGUCUGCGUCGUCAUCAGGGAGAUCUGCGGGGCACAGGAGCAGUGGGCCGCGAAGGCGAAGCAGAUCGAGACGUCUGUGGAGGACGCUACUUUCUCCGAGGUGCUGAAGAGCGCGGUGACGAUCGCCAUGUGCGCGCACCCCAUGGAGAGGCUGAGGCCUGCCACGGCCUUGGCGAGGAAGGCCAGGAGGGUGAUCGCCGAGCAGGUCAAGCAGCCCAGCAGCCCCGCGCCGGAGCUUGCACGAUCGAUGUGCGCCUACCCUGCUCCGAAGUUGCUGAUGGAAGCCAGUCGGCUGCACGUGAAUCAGAGCAUCGUUGACGAUGCGGCGACGUCCGCCUUCAAAGCCACAUCGGCAUCCUUCGAAAACCAUUUCAGCCAGCUGUUCGACGACGCGCUGCAGUGGAAGGACGCCAUGCUACACAGCAUCGCCGACCACACAGACGGCGGGUUCGUCGGGAUUCAGCUUCUGUUUGCAGGCAUGGGCCCCUUCUUCACGGGGGCUUAUUCGUUGCUCCUGAAAUGGUUUACAGCAUCCGCACAGGAAAACGUCACUUUCUUCGUGGUCAACGUGCAGAACAGUUUUGAAGUCCUCGAGAUCGGUAAGUACAUGAUCGUGGAGAUCUACUGGGCAUGCGCGGGAUUCACUUGCGCGAGUAUGGGAAACCUGCUGCUCGAGAGCAUCUCAAAGCGGGGGGCGUCUAAGCCAGACGAAGAGGAGGCUGCGGAUCAGGAACGUCUGGAGCAGACCGCUGCUGAGCUGAACACGUACGCUGCGGCGAUCGAUAUAUUCAUUGAUAGUUUGCCGCGUUUCUCCAAUACCCUGAAGGACCUCUACGAGCGGCUCCUGAAGUGCAGGAACUUGGCCCACCAGCGCAUGGGCGACAUCUUCAUCAGCGAGUUUGGCGAGGAGCACAAGGCUAUGAACCCGAUCAAAUACGAGACCGAGCUAACCUACGUCGUGAACCUGUGCACCGACAUGCCGACCUACCUGAAGUACUGCUUGGACUUGGCGGGGGCGUUGAUUCAUGACACGACUGAUGCUGGGCGCGAGAAGUUCACCAAUGACAUCAUAAAGUUCGCUGGCCUCCAGCGCAUCGUGGACGACGAGACCUGGUCGAACUUGCUUGGGGCAUUUGUCGAGACCUCCAUCGCCGACUCGGCCCGCGUGGAGUUGGUCCGCUCUAUCUUCGGCGACUUCAAAGACGUUGUAGGUUCGCAGGUCUAUACUGUCUGCUCCGACAGCUUCGUGGCAGCUCGCAUGGCUGACAUCGCUCCGACCCUGAACUUCACCAUCGGCAUUGUGAGCGAGCAGGCGAUCGCGGAGGGCCAAUGUGGCGCAGCGUUCGAUAGGUUGGUCUUGGCGCACGGGCCCCUGGAGAGCCUCUUCCCUCUCGGAGUGAGCUUUGAGGACGGCGGCGAGAAGGAUGAAAAGGCCCUUCAGACUUCCAAGCACUACAUGUCCCUCUCAGACUUGGUCUCUUUCCUGGAGGCGAGUGGCGUCGCAUCCAUCAGCGUCCCUGGUGUGACUAUCAACGACGGUAAUUAA